AGUGUUUGUUCGGCGACUUACUAGGCUACGAUCAGCCUGUGUUAUUGUUCCUGUGAAAAUUAGAAUUUUAUUUUGUUAAAGGAAAGGAUUAAUUUUGUUUAUCUAGUGAUAUAGUGCGUACUUGACAGAAGAUAUUCAUCCUCACUCGAUGGGAUAUAUUAAUAACAAUAGAAUGAUACGGUGGAAAAGGAAUGUUAUCGUAGCGGGAACAUGUUCGAGGACAAUAACGUAGAUUCAUGAGCAAAAUUUUCGGCUCCCAGCAAAUUCCAGGAUUCAUGAAUCACAUAGCUUAUUCGACUUUUUAUGAUGUCAGAGCAAGAUGUAAUGAGCAGUAUAACAAAUUCGUGGGUUGGAAGCUUGGCGGUUAAUCUUUUAUGUUAUUCAACUAUCUUCGUCCCAGGAUAUUUUUUCAUCCAUUUUGUUAAGAAAUCCAAGUAUAUUGAUAGAGCAGGAUCAAGCUGUAUUUCCAAAGCUAUUGUUUCAUUUGUGUAUGGACAUGGCUAUGACAGGAUUGCAGGAGAAGAAAAUACUCAGUCAAAGAUAGCUGGAGCAAAAAGUUCAAAUAACAAUUGUGUACAGCUAAUCUUCUGUUUUGUGGGUCUUCAGGUUUCAUAUCUUACGUGGGGUGUUCUUCAAGAGAAAGUUAUGACAAAGGAAUAUCAGAAUGCUGAUGGAAGUGUCGGUCAUUUUAAGGACUCUCAGUUCUUAGUAUUUGUCAAUAGGGUACUAGCCUUCUCAUUAGCAGCUGUUUACUUGGGAUUUUCAAGACAGCCUCGUCACACGGCACCUAUCUACAAAUACUCGUACUGCUCAUUUUCCAAUAUCAUGAGCUCAUGGUGUCAAUAUGAAGCUUUGAAAUAUGUCUCAUUUCCAACACAGGUUUUGGCCAAAGCUUCUAAAAUUAUUCCCACAAUGAUAAUGGGGAAAAUUAUUGGCAAGAAGAAGUAUGAAUAUUUUGAGUAUGUCACAGCGAUAUUAAUAUCUGCUGGAAUGACAAUGUUUCUCUUGGGUUCAACUGAAAGUAAAAGUGGUUCAGAUAACUCAACUACAAUCUCAGGUGUAAUCAUCUUGGCAGGAUACAUGGCAUUUGAUGCCUUUACAUCCAACUGGCAGGGCGAACUAUUCUCACAGCAUAAAAUGACGUCUUUACAGAUGAUGUGCGGAGUGAAUCUCUUUUCAUGCCUUUUAACUGUUACUUCACUGACGCAGCAAGGAAGUUUUGGUCCUUCAUUAUCAUUUAUGUUUACUUACCCAACAUUCUUUUGGGACUGUCUGAUUUUAGCAGUAUGUUCAGCUUCUGGUCAGUUAUUUAUAUUCCAUACCAUAGCUGUUUUUGGACCUGUCGUCUUUGUCAUUAUUAUGACUAUUCGUCAAGGUUUAGCCAUCCUCCUUUCGUGUAUCUUGUAUUCUCAUCCAGUGACUGUUCUUGGUAUUCUCGGUAUUAUUUUAGUAUUCAUAGCCAUUUUCAUGAGAGUAUAUUGCAAUCAUCGUCUCAAGCAACUCCAACAAAGAAGAGCUGCUGUCGAUACAGCAAAGGUUUAGGACUUGCCAGUUGUUGUUUGUUGUUUUGUCACGAGUGAGCUGAUUAUUUUUAUAAGUAGUACUUACAUUAAACUGAUUGACUUAAUGGUAAGUGCAGUGUGUGCUGUUUUUACAUUGUUCACAUAACCUUUGAAUCUUGUUCAGAAUCUGGAUUUGGAAUAUGUCUUUGACAUAUUUUGUUUAAAUCUCUUUUCUUAUUUAUAUUUAUUUUUACAUGGUUUCAGAUUUUAAGAUUAAGUAAAGACUUAAAAAAACUGCAGACAAAGAUUUGUUUUAUCACACAGUGCAGUAGUUGCAUGGCACAAAACUCAGUUUUUCCUGCUGGGGUUGUAAAAUUGUUGAUGCUUUUAUUUGAUGCUAAAUUACAAAUGGCACUGAUAAGAGCUUGUAAUGGCACUGUAGUAGUUAAAAGUUUUGUAGUUAUUUCAUUAAAUAAUUUAAUUUUAAUUAUUUACAUGUUUUCAGAGGAAGAGGGCUUUAUUUUUAAUACAAGAAAUGUAUUCUUCAUUUGUAGUGUGCAUGAUUUGUAUGAUUAUAUAUUUUGUUUGCAAAUAUAUUUUAAGAUUUUCCAUAUACAGUAAAAUAUGAUUUUCUGUAUUGUAUAAAGUAAAAUACCAUCCAGCCAUCUUUCAUACUGAAACCAUGAUUACUCAUAUCACUUACUACCUUUUGCAAAUUAUAUACACGUGCAAGAGUACAUGAAAAGUUACCCUUGGUAACAUAUAACAUACAUUUGUGACACACUGGUAAACCACAAGCAGGUAAAUAAGGUACCUUUAAAUAUUUCAAACAGUAGAACCAUUUUGUUUCAGCAACCACAAUCUCAGUUAUUUCCUGUUUAUGGCAAUUUGAAAAAUAGGAAGAAAAGGAAAAUUCCAAAAGCAGAUUUAUUAGUUUCAAAUCACCACAAGAAAAAAAAAUAUGCCCAUUGAUGGAAAAGUGUAACAGUGAAAGGCCAUAAAUUAAUAGGAGAGCUUUUAACAAAAAGAUGAAGAAGAAACCAGUCAUUUACAGUCAGCAAGGUAUUCAGAAGUAGAUUCAAUCUUUAAAAAAAUAUUAGAAAAUGAGGAUGCCAUCAUAAGCAAGUUUGUUAUUGGGACAUAACAGGACUGCUUUGAAAAGAAAGUUUGUAAUAGGGACAUAACAGGACUGUUUUGGAAAAGGUUGCUCAAUUGAGCCUAUACAUAGUAUCCAGAUAAGUGCAAAACAGGUAUAAAGCUUUAAAGCAUGGAAGGAGAGGAAUGCUUGUACCAAUUGGAGAAUUCUUGCAUUUUGAAAAAUAAAAACUAAUUUGGUAAACUAAAUCUCAGGGCUUGGGUCAUACCAGUGUUAUUCAAUGAAUGGUUUCACCAAUAUUUUAUUCACAAAGCAAAGAAAUAUUUGGAGAAGAAAGGAUUGCCUUAUCAUGGCUUUUAUUGAUACUGAUCAGCAAUAUGCCUGGAAUCCUCAGUUGAUCAGCUCAUGCAACCUAGUAUGACCUCAUGGCAGUCAUCCUUCAUCCAGAAACAGUGAAUGCUUACUAGAAGAAUAUUUGGAAUGAAGACAAUUGCAUGAAGUUAUCAACUACAGGACAUUGAAAGACCUCAUUAAAUUAUAUGCAGAGAAAGAUGAAGAAGAAACUGAAGCUGAAGCAGUCAAGUGGACAUUAAAGAAAAUGGGAAAUUUUUUAAUGUCAGAAUGCAAAGGAAAAAAUAGUGGCUUACUUAGUGGAAGUAUUGCAAACUCUCCAGCAUAUUGUACCGUUUUUGGCAAAGUGUGGAAUAUACAUUUUUCAGUUUUUUAAUUAUCUGCAUUGACAGUGAUUUUAUCAUUGACUCUUAUCUCGGCUAAGUAUCAAGUGUGUGUGUCUCACCGUAUAUCCUGGAUGGUGAGAGAAGAAAAACUUGAAACUUUACUAAAACAAGAAGUGAUAUAAUCAACAUUACAGCAGAUAAUUAACAAAAAUUUAAGAAAUGAAUUUUGAUACUGUACUUUGUCAAAAUAGGGACAAUGUUUUGAUUAAUUGAAAAGAUAUAAGCAAGAACUCCAUAUCACAGUGUUGUUCGUAAGGUUGAAAAACAGUUUUGAAAAGUCCUCUGUUGAUGGUCUCAGGCCAUAACCAUCAUCUGCUUGUAACUACUUCCACAUUCUCAUCUUUUGUCUGCUCUUCUCUAUUCACCUUCCAAAGAAAAUCGUCUUAUGAUUCUUGUGUGGUUUUUGUCAAAAGGGAAACAGCCUAACACAUACAUAUUACAAGUCUUUCAUCGUUAUCGCCAUCAUAUCAAAGGAUGUAGGAGUCAAUUAGUAGUAACCACCAAAGGAUAGAAUGUUUUUAACAAAUAUAAUGUCCUCAUUACAGGUUACAUACAGGUAUGUACAGUACAUAUUUGACUCAAUAUUUUUCUUUAGCCUUUGAGGGAUAUAAAAAUCAUAAUUUUCUCUAUUCCCUCAUCCUUUGAUGUUUAUAAAAGCAGAUUUUCUUUGCCCCGUCAUCUCUCAAUGCAUUUUAUCAUUCUGAGGUAUAGACUCAGACACAGGAAUCCCUUCAAUUGGAGAGAGAUACAUGAUAUUCUACUGUAUAGUAAUAUACAAUAUUUUGUAUUACUGUAUAUAAUAUAUUAAUUUUUAUAUAAGUAACUUACCAAGUAAUUACAUACCUAUAAGUUCCACUUAUAGCUAUGUAAUUACUUGGUAAGUAUAUAUGAAACAUUAUUUUAUAAAAAUGUCAUUUUAGCGUGCAUAAUUUAUCGGUUAAACUGUUUGUUAGUUGGUAUGAAUGUUUAUUUGCACAUGGGGACUGCAGGAAUUUUACUCUUAUCUGUGGCUUUGGCCUUCUGCAGUAUAUCUUGGAAUGUAUUUGUGGAUAUUGGGUCCAGUUACUGAAAUGGAGAGUCUUAUCAAGUUUCUGAUGCAGACAGAGGUAGUAGGAUGGUCAUAAUUCAAUUGCAAGAUUUGCCUAACAGUUAUAAACAAAUUACAGUAAAUUUGUUCUUUUUAAGAGAUUUUGUUACUAAACUUGCAUAAAAUAUGACAAUUCAGUUUCUUCCAAAAACCAAUAUCACCAUCUGCUUAAAUGGGCUUCCCAAGUUCACAUAAGAAAUUACAAAUUACUACUAGGUUGUUUUUUAGUAUCAUCAUCCAAUGUAGCCAGUUCUCAUAUGAAGUUCUAUGUGUUUUUUUAUUAUUUCAGUCUCAUUAAUAGUUAUUGUAUUGUGAAUCUCAUUAUCUCAGUUUUAUCGACCUUAAUUUGUCUUAUAGGUUUGUUUAAAAUUAUUUUAUUGUAAUUUCAAUUCAACAUGUCUUACAAAAGUUGAAAUUUUUAUGCAGCUUUCUAGAUGCCAAAAUAGCUUGAAGCAAAUUAUGUAGUUCCAAUAAUUUAUGUUUGAAUAAUAUAUGAGGGCUUACUGCCCAAGAAAUUACCCAACAAAUCUCAAUGUUUACGAAACUUUAAAUCGCAUUAAGAUGUAAUGAAAGUAUAAAAAAUAGUUAUAGGCAAUACAAAACAUUAUAACUAAAAUUCACAAGUUAGUGGUAAAGUAUGUUGAUAGUGUAUUUGAAACUUAGGAAGUGAGUUUUUAUCAUGUAAUAUAGCUAUCUGAAUAGAUCUUGCAACCCAGAAGAAUAAGAGCUACCAUGUUCCUCUAGCCACUUAUGUGCGUGCAGCUUAAUGACCUGAGUGACCAUCUUCCCUGACAAUUUUUCCAGGAUAUUCUCCCGUCAACUUACUUUGCUGCUGUUAAACAUUUUAUCAUUUAUUAAUGGUAAACAAAAAUUAUUCUAGUAAUCCAGAUUAUAUAAGGGUUUCAGCCUUUCAGCCAGCGAUGUGUUUAAAUCUCUGUAACUUGAAUGGUAAAGAUAAAAUUUAUGUAGUGCUACAAAUUGAAAGUAAAAAUUAACUUUACUUAAAGAAUUUAUCUGAAGAUGGCUAGCUUAUGAAGUACAUAGUAAUAUAACAUCUCCAAUUCACUAACAUCUACCACAUAUACUUGUAUAUUAACCACUCAAAUGGUAAACACCUCUUCAAAUUUUCUAUAGUUUGAUUAUUUCAUUAUGCUUUACCAUAUAUCAUAUAAUAUGCUGUGGAUUCAGAGUUCUGUUUUUGGCAUACCAAACUUACGGCUUAUAGAAAAUUAUUUAUUCAGAUGUAUUCAACCAGCAGCUAUGGAUAAUUCUGUAUUCCAUUUCCAGUCAGUUGUUUAGCUUUUUCUUGUGUCCUCAUUCUUCCCACCUCACUGAGAAUACAAAUGGCUAUUUAUGCUGAAUAAACUUAUGAAAGUUAUUGCAAAAAAUAAAAUGUAUCACAAGCUGUUCAAAAUAUUCAGGAUGGUAUAUAGUGCACCACACCAAGCACAAAGGCAGUAACCCCCUAUGAGGAUGAAAUGUUAACUACAUUUCCAUAUAUAUAUUUAUACGUGUAACUAAUUUAUAUUUCUGAGACAGAAACUGACAUUCUUUUGUCUUAGUCUUAUGUAUUUAGUUUAUUUUUCAAAAAGUAUCUUAAAAGUUAACAACAAUGUAAAUAUUUUACUUCAUAGGGAGUUACAGCAUGGUACUGUAAUAAUAAAUUUAUGAACUUCUUGGCAGUUUAUUAUAUACAGUUUGUUAGGCAUUUAGCAUGGUAGUACUUGCAUUAUUAUAUUGUACGUGGGGACAGAAUUGGUAACCAGUGAUUUAUAACUUGCAACUUUUAUCAUUCAAUUUAGAUAAUUACUCUUUAACAUGAAAUAGAUGCUUAGGUUAUCUUUCACAUCUCUUAAAAGAGGCAUGCUAAACUUUUAGAAGUACGUACUACCUUGUAUUGAACUUGCUAGCUUCAUGAUGCCAAAUGCCAUGUAAUAACCCAUGAUGCCAAAUGCCAUGUAAUAACCCACACUGUAACAAAACUUUGAAAGCUUGAAACAUGUUAACCGUGCAGUAAACAAAAGCAUCAUUAUACAUAUUUGUUCUUCUGUCGAGUUCCAAGGAAUCCCUGUUGAGCCUUCUGCAAGCCUUACGCUAGUCCCUUCAACUACAAUGUCUCCCAGAAUGCAGUCAUCAUAGGUAAAGGAUAUCUCCAGAGGUGUCAUAAUGGGUGACAUUUGGCCUGCAUAGUUUUUUCACCUUUCAGGCAUUAGAAAAUGAGUUAAGACUCCCAAGUAAAGAAGAGGUAAUUCAUCUUCAUCUGAUUCACCUUUACCACAUCAUAUUUUUCAUAUGAUCAUGGAAAGAUGAUGCUUCCUGGCAUCACUCAAGAUGUACUACAUUACAAGCCAGGACCUCAACCAAGCCAGAACUCAUCAUCAUUCAAAUAUAGGUUUCUGAAACAUAAUUGUUCUAAUGACUGAGACUGUACCAGUGACUGUUCCCCAUACUGAGAUCAGGCAGUCCAUCAAGAGUUACUAAGACUCAGCCAUAGGCACUUGGCUAAACAUGUUACUUUAUACUUUUCAUAGCUAACAAACCUUCAGUCUUAACAAUAGGAUAUUUCCAAGUGUAGCUGGUAAACCGGUUAAUACAAUCGGAGAUUGUAAGCAAGGAAUCUGUGAGAUCUGGCAACGCCUGCGCAUAUGAGGUUAUAUCUGGUCGAAGAUCACGUCUACUGCCAAGAAUCUUUAGAACUGUCAACAAGUUGCUGCACAAGGCACACUGUUAAGUGACAUUUUCUAUGUAGGGCAUAGUAGGAGUAACUCUUCCUUAACUGCAGUACUGAGUUACAAGUAAUCUAUUACUUCCAGAACUUUUAAUUGUCUUCCAGAAAUUUAGUUCUUGGUUAGAACUUUGAUCACUUUUUAUUUUCAUUACCAUUCCUUGAACUGAGAGCUCUGCCAAACCCGAAAUGUGUCCCAGACUUGGUGCUUAAUAUAUAUUAAUUCAAUUCAAUUCUUAUCAGUCAAAAUUCUCUUACUUUUCAUCAAGUCCCUUUGGUUUAAUUUUACUUACCUGUCCCUGCUACAGUAUUUACCUCACAUUUAAGCAAACUUUAUGAGAGUCGAAAAAUGAGACCCAGCGGCAUUAUCAAACUAAUUUAUAAUACGGUACCUUCUUUCCAGCUCCCGCGUCAUGAAAGAACAGCACUGUACACCUGCAUGAUUAGUUGAAGAGAUGAGAGUCCUUUAGGUCUGUCUUUGCUUCUUACUUCCUGCGAAGUUGGUUAUAUCAAGAAGUAAAAUACUGUUACAUAUCCAAGUAUCCUCAUUUUUCAGUGUUUUAUUAAGAAAGAGAAGUAAAGCCACUGUGUCCUGUCAUAGUUUUGGGAUAAACGAUAUCUCAGAACAGAAGUCACCUUUUUGUUUAGUGCUGUUUUUCUUCAUUAGCCCUUCUCAAAAGAAAGCUAUUACUUUGGCAUAUAGGUCCAAUCAAAAUAAGUAUUCCAGCAUUGCUAAAGCAAAUAUUCAUCAGAUAAGUUUUCCCACUAACAAUAUGAGUACUGAAAUUAACUGGUGGCAAUUAGGCAGCUUUCUUGCUUCUACCUCAUCCAUUUCUGUCUUCAUAGGAUUGUUACAGUACCAAUCAUGCAGUCCAGAAAAUCAGCCAUUAGCAUUAUAUGUAUGGCAUAUUCAUUACAUAAGUUUCUUAAUUUUUCAUUUUCUAAGGAGAAACUUAUAGUAAUUAGUGAACUCAUUUGCCAUGUACAGUAUUUUAAAAUGGGGAAUUUGUCUAGACUCUUAAAGAUAGAAUAUCAUAAUUAGUCGAAUAAUGUUGGCAUUGAAAGUAACAAUUGUAAGCAUUUCCUAUUUUCUUAGUAUGCAUCACAAUUUGUCCUGAAAAUUUUAGUGCUUAUGGCCAAACUUGAGUAUUUCUAUCAAUGCUCAUUUAGAUACUUUGAUUCCCACAUUUCUUGUGAAAUUACAUACUCUUAUUAUUGAUAUUCUCAGUUGACAUUGUCAUUCAAAUUGUCAGUAUUAUUUUAUAAAAGUGUAGUAUAGUAACCUUUCAUACCAGAUUUUAUUAUUGAAAGUUUUAUUUAUAUAGUAGUCCUGGUUAUUAUUAAUAUAACUUUAAACUAAAUCUGAGAAAAAUAGUCAUUUAUUAUAAUUAUUCAUAACUUUGGUAAUAUAUUACUAUUGAGUUAUAAUUCCCAAAAUUGUACCUUUUCCAUGACCCCAUUUUUUGUUAAAAGGAGUAUACAGUACCAUAUAUGCUAGCAUAUAGGGUAACAAUUAGAAGUACCCCACAUUUCCCUAUUCUCAUACUAAAGUCCUUCCCCUUGAAGGGUAUUUUGAAACUUUGCCUACUGGUAUAAAGAUAUUACUUGAAAGAAGAUUCAGUACAAGCUUCUUUUACAGCAUAAUAAUUAUACUUUCCCUCUCUGUUAGAUACCAUAGUAACUGAAUACAAGUGUAUGAAAGAUUUAAGUAUAAUACCACAAUUGUUAUUUAUGAGGUAUGGUAUAUGGAAAAUGUAUCACUGCAGGUAAAACCCUUAUGCUUUACAAAAGAAGUUAAGCAAUUGUACUUCAUUCAUAUAAUCUGCCUGUCGGACUGAGCUAAAAUUCUCUCUUUCUUUCACACAGCUGUAUGUACUACCAGUGCUGUACUCUGUUUAAGUCAUCAAUAUUUUUCAACAAUUUUAUGUAAUUGACAUUCUUUACAAAAAGCUUUGGUUAUCAUUACUGAAAUGAAAAUCUUUUAGCUUACAAUCUCUGUCUCUCAUCCGGUACUAUGUUAUUAAUGCUAUAAUUUUAAGUAUACUAAAGAUAUUUGGCAAAAUGCAUGAUGACUGCAAUUUAAAACUGUUGAUGUAGUUGCUUAUAAUGUAUAGAUAUGUAAUAAACCCCUUUGUUAGACAUUUGUAUGAAGACAAAGCAACUGGCAUGUAUUAUUACUUUAGGUAAUAGUUAAUGACAUUUGUGAAGUAUGGUAGAUACUAUUAACAAAAAUUGUUAAAACAAUUUCCUCAAACGACAAAACAUUUGUAUUUUUAUGUUGGUUUUAUUAUCUAUACAGAGGGACAUAGAAUGUUCCAAAUUAUUAAUUUAAAUAUUUGUUGCAUGGCUUUUAUCGAUGCUGAAUCUUACUUCUGUUAUACGAGACCAUAGUUAAAAGUUGAGGGUGGGAUUUGUUAAUCAUCAGGUAAACCAGUUGCUCAUAGCUAGUAGGUUUGACCUGUACACUUGAUCCACACUUUAUAAGAUACACCAGCUUUACAUGCUGGCAAAUAGGUUCUUUUAGAUGUGAUGUCCUACAAUUAAGGACCAAGAUUAUUCUGUUCCAUUUGAAAGUAUUCUUAUUCACCAAAUUCCCUGAAGAUUUUUUGGGGUGUACAUCUAUUACUUACUAAAUGCCCUUCAUUUACCAGCUGAUGAAAUGUUUCAAAGUCUGGUGCUACAAGUGAUGGCUGAUAUUGUGGUAGCUUUAAUGUACUUUUUUCACAGUUUCUUGCAACCUUUUGUUUGUGUUUGUAGAAAUUUAUUGGGUCAGUCACUGAAAAACCAAAGGAAAUUCAGAAAAAUUAUGAAAUAUUUUUCUUAGAUUUAUAUGGCAUUCCACUUCAUGUAUACGUACAUACAGAAUAUUUUGACAAAAUGUCAUAUUUUGGGAGAUUCACAUUCACCCUUCCAAAGAUGGCCUUAUGUGAGGUUAUAAUUGUUACAGUAAAAUAGAAAUUUUGUGGGAAAUAUGUCAAAAGUAAUUGGGGAUGUCUGUUAUAUCUGAAAAGGUCAAAUUUUGGUAAUUUUUUUGUUGUUGCUUCAAAGGGUGAAACAAAACUGAAUUUGAUUGAUUUUCCUUAAGAUUAUAACAUUCUUGUGUAUGUGCAUGGUAUCAUAUUGCUUGAUAUCAUGAUAAAUUCAUUCUUGCAGAGUAGUUAGUUUAGAAUUAGUAGGCAUCUAAAAUAAAGAAAAGGAAUGAUUUUAGCAUGGAUUUUUUAGCUAAUGUUGACGGAUCUGAAGACUGUUAUAAAUAAAUAUUAUGCCCCCAAAAUGCAGCUUGCCCCCUUUACCUUUUCUUAUUUUCAGCAUAUUAUUGUAGUAUUUCUAAUGGGCAUAGAGUAGCAGUGUAGUAAAAAAAAAAAAAAAAAAAUGAGAAUUUUGAGAAGAAAUACUGUACAGGUAAUAUUUAACUUUAUGCUUUUGGGAACUUAGUGAGUCACAAGUUAAUACAGAUAUAGGAGGAAUGCUGUCCUGUGUGCUUCUACUGCUCUGACAUAGAGCUUUGGGAAACUGUGUGUCAAGAAAUAAAUUGGCACAGAAUCACUAAAUAAAAGUUUUGUGGAAAAUGAAAGGAGGAAAAAUAAUCUUUAGAAAUUGCUGUGGACAAAAAUGUAAAAGAUAGCUUCCAUCUUGUUUACAUAUAUUUUAAGGUUGAGGUUAUAAGCUGUUGUGUCAGAUUUGUUCUGUCUUCUUUAAUAUAAUGAACUAUAGUGUAAGAUAGAUAUUUAUUUGUUUGAGUGUUUUUGAUGCUAUGGAAUUUUAUUUACAAAUAGAUGUGCAUAGCUUUUAUUUUGGUGCUUGGGUAGUGUGGUAGGUGGUUGCAUGUUGAGGUGUGUUAAUAACUGCACAAAAAUGUAUAUCUUUAGUUAAUUUAUCCAAACAGCUGUCACAAGGUCUUUGUUGCCAAUGUCAAAAGCCAAUUAUGGGCAUUAACUAAACCUUAUUCAGGUUUUAUUGAUCAGAUCUCUGCUUCAUUGAAGAGGUGUGUUAAUUGUUCCAUAAAAAAGCAAAGUAAAAACCAUGAGUUUAGAGAAAUCCUGUAUCCUCAUGGUUUUUGCAUUAUUUUUCUUUUAAAUAGUUAAGUUUAUGAUAUUUAUUCUGCUAUCAAUGUCCCCCAUAUUGAUUAUGGAAAGAAUUUUUAAUAAAGGUAAUUUUAAUA